AUGCCCAUUUUUCCUACUAUGUUGCCCGCAUACUUCCCCUCCUUGGCUCUUUUAACCGUCUCCUUUGUUGGUCUUGUCGGCGCAGGUCUUCCCGGAACAAUUUACGGGGUUAACCUGGGCUCGUGGUUGGUAUUGGAAUCGUGGAUGCUUCCGCAAGAAUGGUUGGAUAUGGGGGGAGAACAGUGCCAAGACUGCUCAACAUGUAUCGCUUCGGAAUUCGCCUUCGCUCAGGCUAAGCCAGACAUCGUAGACCAAGUGUUUAACCAACACUGGGAAACUUGGUUCAAUCAAACCGAUGUCGAUCAAAUACAAGCGGCUGGCCUCAACGCCGUUCGCAUUCCCUUAGGAUAUUGGAUAAUUGAGCCUUUGGUUGACAGGACCACCGAGUUCUACCCCAGAGGAGGAAUUCUACAGCUGCAACGCGGCCUCCAGCAACUGGCAGCUGCUGGUAUUGCUGUGAUUCUCGACCACCAUGCUCUUCCUGGCGUCGCAUCGCCCAAUCAAAUGUUUGCAGGAAGAUGCACAACCGAUGUUGAAUUCUACACUCCGCAUAACUACCAUCGAGCGUUGAUCUGGACGGCGAUUAUGACAGCAUUAUCCCACAUUGAUCCAGCGUUUAGCAGUGUUGCCGCUAUCGAAGCCAUAAACGAACCUAUCAUGGACGUGACGCAAACGCCAGGCUAUGGGGAUUUCCAAAAGAACUUUGUGCAAGUUGUUAGGGCAGUGGAGCUUCUCUUAGGUAUUCACGUCCCUGGUUACGCCGCCCCGGCAAGUUUCGCGAGCGCGUCGAGUGUGACAGCCGGAUUUCAGACUAGUGCCACUACAUUCGGAAAUAGGUUCAAUCCUGAAGUCGUGCAGGUCUUGAAAGAUGCGACACUAAUUUUCGCCGAGGUUGUGAAACAAUUGGGUACGAACACCGUUUAUUCGCAGGCUGAUUUGAGGGGUCGGUUGCAGAGACGAAACUCGUUGGUGACGACUUUCAUGGACGUCAAUUGGCAGUAUAAUAAUCCUGCUAAUCCUGCGGCAGCGAAGAUCGGACCACAGAUUUAUGAUAAUCACCUGUAUUAUGUAUUUGGGGGUGUUGCUGCUGCAAAUGAAGAAGCAUAUCUAACCUCCAUUUGCAACCUAGGCCGCAUCGCAGCUGAUGCCGCUCUUCAAAACUCACCCCUUUUGUUUGGAGAAUGGGGUCUGCCUACUGAAUUUUCAGCUACUGAUGAGUUCCUACAAAAAUGGGCCGACGCUCAGAAGAUUGCCUAUGGAAAAGGUGCUGGGUGGUUGUACUGGAAUUUCAAGAUCGAGAUUUCAGCGUUAGCUGGUGAUCUAGCUCGGGAGUGGUCGUACAUGGAGGGAAUCAAGCGGGGCUAUCUAACCCAAGACCCGACAGCGUUCAACGACCCACAUGUCUGCGAUCCGUAUAUCAACACGACUCUGGUGUCGUAA